GUGGCUGAGUGAGUGGCUGAGUGAGUGGGUAGGUGGUUGAGUGGCUGAGUGAGUGAGUGGGUGAGUGAGUGGCUGAGUGAGUGGCGAGUGAGUGGGUGGGUGAGUGAGUGGGUGAGUGAGUGGCUGAGUGAGUGGGUAGGUGGUUGAGUGGCGAGUGAGUGGGUGGGUGGGUCAGUGAGUGGCUGAGUGAGUGGCUGAGUGAGUGAGUGGCUGGUGGGUGAGUGAGUGAGUGGCUGGUGGGUGAGUGAGUGGCUGAGUGAGUGAGUGGCUGAGUGAGUGAGUGGCUGAGUGAGUGAGUGGGUAGGUGAGUGGCUGGCUGGGUGAGUGGGUGAGUGAGUGAGUGGCUGAGUGAGUGAGUGGCUGAGUGAGUGAGUGGGUAGGUGAGUGGCUGGCUGGGUGAGUGGGUGGGUGAGUGAGUGAGUGGCAGAGUGGUGGGUGGGCAUGUCGGACGAGGCCGGAGACGGCGACGUCCUCCUGCACGCCGAGUUCGGCGCGAGGCGUCGCGAGAGCCGUGCCCGCUACGCGCUCACGCUCACGCGCGCCGCGCUGCAUGCGCAGCCCCUGCCGCCCGCGGCGGCGCGAGACCCCUCGCGACGUCUCCUCGUGCCCAUCGACGACAUCGUCGGCUGCCACGCGCUCAGACACAGCAGACCGAAGUCGACCUCUUCGCAGCCUUCACCCUCCCCGCCGUCCCCAUCGUCCCCGGCGCCCCCCGCGUCCUCGACCUCUCAGUGGGCGUACGUGACGGUGUUUGCCUACCCACGGGGGGGCGGCACGGGAAAGGGGCCCCGCUCCUCCACGCGACACACCUUCCGCAUCGACUCGCACGGCGACGCCGAUGGCAACAUUCGCGAAGCGCGCCGCUGGGAGACGGCCAUUCUCAGCCUGCUCAGGGGAGAGAGAAGCCCCUCAGGCCUCCCACCUCGUCGCCGCCGCCUCCUCAUCCUCGUGAACCCGUUCAGUGGGACGAAGAAAGCUCAGCUGAGAUGUCAGCGCAUCCUGCACCCCAUGAUGGAGGAGGCCGACAUGCAACACCACACCAUCAUCACAGAGAGGGCUGGGCAUGCAAGCACCUUGGUUCAGCAGAUGGACCUCUCCGAAUGGGACGGGAUCGUGAUCGUGUCGGGAGACGGACUCCUGUUUGAGGUUAUAAAUGGCCUCAUGUCUCGUCCGGACUGGAAAGACGCGAUCCGGAUUCCUCUGGGGAUCUUCCCGUGCGGAUCUGGGAAUGCCCUGGCUGGAUCGAUCAACCACUACACGGGCCACGACAUGGUGAUGGGCGACGUGCUGGCGCAGCACCUGGCGUUCCUGCUGUGCCGGGGCGGCGUGACGCCGCUCGACCUGGUGUCGGUGCGCUUCGCCUCGGGACGCCGCCUCUUCUCCUUCCUGUCGGUGGCGUGGGGCUUCGUGUCCGACGUCGACAUCGAGAGCGAGCGCUUCCGCGCCAUGGGGCCCGCGCGCUUCACGCUGGGCGCCAUCGUGCGCCUCCUCUCGCUGCGCAGCUACCCGGGCCGCCUCUCCUUCCUGCCGGCGGAGGCGGCCGUCGGCAAGCGCUCCCUCGCUCGCAGCCUCACCACGGCCGGCACCCGCGUCGCCGACGCCGACGCCGACGUUGCCGGGCUCCGCCGGCAGAUGUCGGACCUGGGGCCGUGCGAGACGGGCGCGGGGAACGUGCGGGACGUGAGGCGCGGCGCCGGUGAGGAGGCGGGGAGGAAGGGGGCGGCGCCGGACGAGAUCUUGGACGAGAACCGUAACGGGCACGGGGGCGGCGGCGGCGCCGACGACGACGCCGCCGCCGUGUUUGGCAGCAGCGAUGUGCUGGAGCGUCUGGGCAACAAUCCGGACGAGACGAAUCAUCGCGGGACGAGCGACCGCGAGGAGGGACGGGCGGGGACGGGAAGCGAGAACGAUGUUGGCGGCAGCGGCGCAGGAGGAGGAGGGAUCUCCACUGGAGCCAACAACCCGAGUUUGGACGACGACGACGACGUGUUCGACGGCGCCAAUCGCGGGACGGCGGAGCCCGGCGAGCCGACAAGUGAACCCGGCCGGACCUCGCGCCCGGACAGGACCGCGAACUCCUUUGUCGACGCCAAUGGCGGCGACGUGAACCCGCUCGGCCCCGAGGACGACCUCCUGCCGCCGCUGGACGAGCCGGUUCCCCCAUCGUGGGUGACCCUGGAGGGCGACUUCGUGCUGGUGCUGGGACUCUACCAGUCGCACCUGGGCGCCGACCUGGCGACGGUACCGGCGGCGCGCGCCGACGACGGCGUCAUCCACCUGCGGGCCGUGCGCCGCGGCGCCCCCCGCGCCGCACUCGUCCGCCUGCUGUUCGGCGCCGGCGGCGAGGCGGAGCCGGAGCCGGCGCUCGCCCCGUUCCUCACGGCGGAGCGCGUGCGGGCCUUCCGCCUGCGGCCCCUCGGCAAGGAGGGCGGCAUCGUGACGGUGGACGGGGAGCGCCUGCCCUGCGAGGCGCUGCAGGCCCAGGUGCAUCCUGGGAUCGCCAACGUCAUGGGCUUGAGGGGCGCGGGGCCGCGUGGCGCCGUCUGACGGGCGAGCGGGGCCAGCCGUGCUCGCUCCACUGCCGGGUGAAGGCCUCGCCGCCCGCUCCCAUGCUGCAUUGCGACGACUUGCGCACAUUCCGUUCCUUGGCUGCUGCUGCUGCUGUUAUUAUUAUUAUUUCUUGACCAUUGCACGUUGUAGCCAUGGAAUGUCCUGCCCGGGGCCCAUCUUACUUAGUGCGAGGCUCAGGGUCGUUAUUAGGGUUAGGGCUCGUGUUGGAGUAUGCGUAGUGCGGAACUCACACGGAGGCAAGGUGACGUAACACCCGCUCAUUCUUUAUCUUUAUUAACCUCCCCACACGCGCCGGUUGUAGGCGCACACUAUACCGCACGCACAGCACCACGCAUGAUACACAUGAAUCUCUAUUAGCUACCACGACUCUCACUUCCCCCCCCACCCCCCCGUGGGUUCCAGCACGCCGGCUUUUAUUCCUUUAGACUUCGCCGACCUUCCAGGACCUGCCAACCCGCAGCCCACACACAGAUGCCUCUCCUCAGCCGCACGUGCGUCACUCAAUUACCACACGUGCCUCUCACCAGCUGCGCGUGCAUUACGACACUACAUGUGCAUUGGGCCGAGGGUUAGUGGAAUGGGCCAUUGUGUUUUGACAGCAGGGUUACUAUUAGAAUCGGGUUAGGCUUAGGGCUACUCGCUGUGAUGUGGCGUCACGUCACUCAAGCACGGGACCAAUUACCCCAAUGCCUACACUUACAAAAUGGGGUGAGGUGCCAGGUGUUGGUUGUUAUUAAGGGUUAGAGGCUCGGGUUAGGUCUAUGGUCGGUGUUAGGUUUACAUUUUAUGAUUAUAAUUAAGGCUGUUGCCUGUGCUAGGGUCGGAGUUAAUGUAAGGGUUAGGAAUAGCUUUAAUUUCAAGUUGUUUAUGAUGUAGGUUUGAAGUUUUCGUGCCUGCAGGGAUCCAUACUCUUUGGUUCUUUCGGUAAAGUCACGUCGGUAGAAAACAAAAUCAAUUAAAUGACGACGUUUCGGGCGCAACAUCAGGUGGACGCUUGUGUUGCGCCCGAAACGUCGUGAUUGAAUUUUACCGCAAGAACCAAAGGGAGUAUGUUUAUGAUGUGUUGCUGGUGGUGGUGGUGAUGAUGAUACUUAUGCCUUAAUGUAAUCUCACCACGAAGACGCUACGACACACGGUACGUUAAGAGAGCCGCGACAAUUGUAGUCAUCCAUUUCGGAAAAAAUACCGUCACGUGGUGAUCGUCGCUGGCUCCUUCAGUUUCGCCUAAAUAUUUAAUUUCCUGACGAAAUAUUUCAUUAUUUAUGAAAGAGCAAUAUCUAAAGUUGAUAUAAAAAUAUAAAUAAUUAUUAGGGCCGUCCUUAGAGAGGGUGCGGGGCCCGGGGAAAACGACACCACGUGGGCCUAACCCCGAUGCCUUCAAACUGAACCGGGCGUAUGACGUCUGACACCCCCGCGACGUCGAAGUGUGCGAUGUGCGCCCCCCCCUCCCCAAAGCGCGGGGCCCGGGGCAGUCCACCGUCUCCCCUAGGGACGGCUCCAGGAAGUUAAUACCCGAGACAUUUGUACUUUCUAAAGACGUUUUAUGUAAUUCUUGGCGGAAUUUUUGUUUUUUAAUAUAUAUUGGUAGUGCCGGCUCACUGCGUGGGUGCUGAUGCCUUCCCUCUCAUCUAUGGUUAUCCACAAAUAGAGGAGUUUUGGGUUACAUCGCGUAAAAUAUCAAUGUGUCAUGAAACCCGCCACGGCCAUUUAGUAAGCUUUGUCUCUUACAUAAAAACGUGUGUGGGAGAGUAAACCCACAGCUGCAAUUCGAGCACGACGUUUCACCGGUAAUUACAACCAGCAUCAUCAGGCGAACGUUGUAGUGGAAUUGUACAUUUUGUAGUGGGUUUACUGUUUCAUGUAUCGGUGUGCUGAACUAGUCACGAAUUCGCACGUUUUGGUUUACGUGACAAACCUUACGAAUUGGGCCGUGCCGUGUGGCGGCGGGUUUAGCGACACACAUUUAUAUUUACACGGGCAAACCCAAAAAAACCUCGUGGAUAUUGGUCGUGAAAAGCCCCACAGCUCCGUGUUCAACUCACCUGUGGUUCCUCCCCACGCCCCCCGAGCCGUCCACUCUGCCUCCCUUUGAAAGCGGGCGAAUCCUGCGCAGCGCUUUCGAGAAGUUGAACAUCACGGCGAUUGAUUAUACGACGUCCUCAUCACCGCAGUUGACAUCACGACUGUUGGCGUAACUGACGGCAUGCGCGUUGCAAGCGCGAUGGGAGCGGUUAACGAACAUCGGGGCUCGGGGCGGCGAGCGUCGGGUGACCUGCAGUUGGGGGACGCUUCAGCAAUCUCUCUCGGCACCGACCCGCCAAUGAGCGGCAAAAUUGUGAAAUGCAGAGUCACGGGACACUGGUGACGCGUUGGGUCGCCGCGUCGCAAACUCUGAUAUCAAAUCGCAACGUGAAAAAUGACAUUGCGGGGAAGGACCAAGCAAUGUCGCCGCUUGACUUCCGCCCGAUCAAAAAAAAACUCGCGUAGAAAAUCGCCUCCGUUGAUUUAAAGUCUUUGCAUCUCCGAUGGUGGACAUUCCUAUGGCAGGGACCAGUCUAUUCCAUAUAAUGACCACUAGUGUUGACUUAACACAAAGUAGGUGUUACUUAAUUUACCCAACCUGGAUAUGUGUUGAUGACAAUGACGAUGGUGGGCUGAGUCAACCCAAGACUGUGUUUUGAACUCGGGGGCCUAACGAUUUAUAUAUUAGUUAAUUCAAAUUGAUUAUGACGCUCGCGAUACAUCAGUUGAAUCGUGUGUUAUUCAGAGCCGAUGUUGUUUUGUUUUAACACGCGCUAUUGAGACGAUCGUUGGCGCCCUGAUUAGCGCACCACAUUCUGAACCUGGCUCCCCCAUAGUCACAUCCUGGCCAUGGCCAGCAUCAGUUGUGAGUGAUAUCUGAACAGAUCCUGUUCAGAUAUCACCAACCUCUCCCCCUCCCACCUCCUUUACCAACCCACGCUGACCAGUGCGGUGAGGUAUCGGCAGCCGUCUGGGUAGAUGGGCAGUGAUGCCCUGGCGAAUGCACUCUGUUGAAUCGCGUUGUCAAGUCGCCGUAGGGUAGUUUUGUUCUAUUCAUUCUUGAGUUUAAGCUUUCGUGACUGCAGGAAUCCAUACCCUCUGGUUCUUUCGGUAAAGUCACGUGGGUAGAAAAUAGAAUAAAAAAUAAAUCGCGACGUUUCGAUUGCAACACAGGCAAUCAUCAUGUUGAUUGCUUGUGCUGCAAUCGAAACGUCGUGAUUUCUUUUUAUUUGAUACCUACGUGACUUUAGCGAAAGAUCCAGAGAGUUUGUUAUAUUUCAUCUCCAAGGGUAAUUUCACCUGGUGGUCUGCUCAGACCUCAGUCGGUUGAAGAAACGAGGAAAACAUAUCAGAGGCGGCAGUGAGUUGCCGCUGCUGAGAUCCUGGCCUUGAGCCCUGGGCCUGGGGGUGUCUCUCUCAGGGGGUUCGUAAUGGCCAUGUCUGCCACACCGAGUUGGCACUUCAGAGAUCGAGUCUUGCUUGAGCCCUGGGCCUGGGUGCUUCUCUCUCUCUCAGGGGUUCAUAAUUGUCAAUGACUCAGAGACCCACAGACGUACAAAGAGACCCAUAGACUCUUACAGAGAUGCGUAGACUUGCACAGAGACCCAAAGACUCGCACAAAGACCUAUAACUGACUUGCCUUCUCGAUGUAUCUGUCCAGUGUCUUAAGGUGCAGUCACAUUUCGACGCCGUUUAAUCCAAUAAUCUAUUGCAUAUCAACCUAAUGGGUCACUAGAUCAGUCUAUGGGUCUCUGUUUCUGUACUAGAUCUUGGGACGCAUUGAGACUCACAGGGACUUCGCAUGUACUUAACAGCGGGACCCACUAAUUUGGAACUAAGGAUGCUUCCGGAGAUGACAUUGCAUUAAAAUACGCGGAGAUCACGAGAACGCCCUUGAAGGUCAAAUUAAAAUAGUCUCCAGCAGCAUCGCUAACGGAGCUUUAACUAGGGCCGAACGAUUUGGGGAAAAUAUGUAAUUGCAAUUUUUCUGACAGAUAUUGCGAUUUGAUUUGCGAUUGCAUUUUUAAAAGUCAAGCUUCAGUUGAAUAUUCACUGUGUAAUAGAUUUAAAACACGUGAUGGAGCAUUAACACAUGAUACCGUCAAAAUAUGAACUGCUCUAUAUAUUCGAAUGUAAGGAUGAGAAUUUAUAAGAUAUGAAUUGCUUCCAACAUUUAUUUAUUUACAAAAAAAUAUUUAAAUAGAACAAUCAAACAUAGAACAUUUGUAAAGUUAAAUAAUUAAAGUUAUGAUAAUAAUAAUACAAAAUAAAACAAUUUCAAUAAGAAAGCAAUAGGACUUUUCAAAUCGCAAAAAAUCGCAGCCUUUGCGAUUUGCUAAUCGCAUUGUUUCAAAUUUCGAUUUUAAAUCGAUUCAUCGUUCAGCCCUCGCUUUGACUGCUUCGGCUGUCCAGGGACGGAGCCCAGUCGUGAAGUUCAAGUUUCAAGUUCAUUGAUUAGGUAUAGCCCUGUGAGCCAUUCGGCUCUUGAAUCGGGUGCAACCGCAACAAACAAAAAACAAAAACAUGAACAAGAAAACAUCUUAAAGUGACUAUGUGACUAAGUGCAAACAGAAAAUCCAAAAAAAAGACAGCAAAACAUUGCAGAAAAAACACCGUACACCAACGCUGUGUGCAAAAAUCCCAGUGGGGGUCAAGUCAAACAACAACAACAACCACAAGAAAACUUAGAUUAAGGCCAUCAGUCUAACUCCGUACUUGCAGCUGGUGGAGUCCUCCGCCCGUGGGCAGGUCCCAUGGCUGGAGGCUUCCUCUUCGUUCUAUCCGAUUGCACCCCCCCCCCCUCCUCGCCCUACAGCAACCCUCCACUCGGGAUGUUGAGACAAAGCGAGAUCGAGCACCGACGUGGAUUCCCCCCCCCACCACCGCCCCCUUUGCCUUCUCCACAAGUCUUAUUGAGGCGACCCCAGGUGCGGAUCGAGAGUUGCGUCGGGCAGCGGGUGAAGAGUGGACGAUGCUUGUUCUGCGUCUGUUCUCCGGUGUCGUCUGCUCGAGCAGCCGUGCACAUCUGAUGAUUAUUUGAGCGUCGUUAUUGAGCGCGGGUGGGGGGGGGGGUCUUAGCCCCUCACAAAAGGUCGCCCUUGAUACGACUUUAGUUGGUGUGAUGGACACAAUGAAUGGAUGAGUGCCUGAAUGCAGUUUAAUGUAAUAGAUGUGGGGGAAUGCUACGUACUUUCGGCACUAAAAUGAAAACGAGAAUGACUGAUUUUUUAUCUUUUUUUCCCACCGUUCUGAACAUGGCCUUAAACUGAGUGCCUGAAUGAAGAAUGCUGACUGCACAAUCAAACUGCCGAGUUUGGCAAAAAAAAAAAGUUGAAGGCAUAAAAUAAAAAUCAAUAUAUUUAUACGCCGCCAGAAUUGCAGCUGUAAACUCAUGUCUUGUGGCUGUGUUUAAGUGACAAGAGCAGUUGGGUGACGAGCUCGUAUAUAUGACGCUGUGUUUAUUCAACACAGUCUGAUGUGUUAGGAUAUAUAGCUCAUGUAUUGCAAUAGUUGUGUAUAACGGAAAGCCAUUACAGUAAAACCUUGGAUUGCGAGCAAAAUUCGUUCCGGAAACGUGUUCGUAAUCCAAAGCACUCGUAUAUCAAAGCGAAUUUCCCCAUAAGAAAUAAUGGAAACUCGGAUGACUCGUUCCACAACCCAAAAAUAGUCUUCAUAUAAAAAUGAUUAAUACAAAAUACCUUUUUAUAUUACUAUUUAAAUGUAAUAUAAAGUAAUAAAAUGUAUUAAUUAAAUUUAAUCGUAGCUGGUGUGAGGGAGACGAGAGAGAGGAGGGUCAUUGUGUAGGACGACUUUCACUUGCGGUACAGUUACUAAAGAACAGUCGCUACACUUGGACACAAUUUAAAAAAAUGCUUUACGCACACACUCGUGGUCACAACACUAUAGUAACCAGUAUACGCUCGCACGGAUGUUGACUAUACGAGCGAGGCACGCCGACUGAGACCGAGCAUGGGAGACGAUUACCCACAAUCCCGCAGCGAGAGAGAGAGAAUAACCAUUGGCUCAGUUGUGAUCACGUGAUGCUCGGCAGACAAAGUGUAAUACUGUCCGUACUCCAGUACUCGUAUUGCAAGACCUCGCUCGUUUAUCAAGUUAAUAUUUAUUUUAAAAAAUUGCUCGUCUUGCAAAACACUCGUAGACCAAGUUACUCGCAAUCCAAGGUUUUACUGUAAUUGAUUGACGUGGUGUGAGCCAAACGAAGGUAGCAUUCGUAAGGUGAGCGCGUGUCCUGCAUUGCAUGUGUCGAGGGUUCUUUAUUGGACGAUCGGGUUCUGUAUUGAAUGGGACGAGGGUUCUGGUGUUUAGUUAUAUAAUUGUUAUUUAAAGUUUCAUUUGACAGUUGCUGGGAGACUUGCAGUAAAGUCCACAAUGAUGUCAAUAAAACUUAUUUAAUUUA